AUGUCCGAAUCUCUCACAACGAAGCAAGUCGCCGAGCACAACACAGUCGAAAAGGGGCUAUACAUUAUAAUCGACAGCGACGUAUACAAGAUGGACACAUUCGUAGAGGAGCACCCUGGCGGUGCAAAGAUCUUGAAGAGAGUGGGAGGAAAGGAUGCUAGCAAGCAGUUCUGGAAGUACCACAACGAUGGCGUACUGAAGAAGUACGCGCCGAAGCUAAAAGUUGGCACCGUAAAGGAGGAGGCGAAAUUAUAA